AUGUCUAUGAAUCUGAACAGGCAAAAAAUGACCAAGAAAAGAUACAAUCCUAAGGGGAUUGAAAAUCAUCGAAGAAACUAUCAUAUGAAUAAUGAUUUAUUUGUUGAGAAUGAAUCAGAAUCGUUAACAGGGUUCCAUAUGGGUUACCAAGUAAAUAAGUUCCUUUUUUUUUUGGUCCAGACAUGCACAUUUAUUGUUUUAGCAUCAACAUGGCAAAAUUCGGAUAAGGAGCAUGCUACCUCAACCUUUAGUGAAUCAUGGGUUAACCGAGGGAGUUUAAAUGGAUUAGGUGUCAGGUCGGGCAGACUGUUAAUUGGAGAUGCACAUAUAAGCAUUGGACCACAUUAUGAACUUUAUGAUGAAAGAGAAGCAAAUUUGCUAGGGGAAAAUUACCAUUCUUCUAAAAAACAUCUGCAUGGAAUAUUACUUGAUAACAAUUUUACAAAACAUUUAAAUGAUUCAAUAUACAACAAUAGAUGCGUGAGAGAGGCCAACAUGCAAGCCAAUGAAAACGCUAAUAAUAGAAGAGUUAUUCCGAGGGAGUCGUUUGAUUCGUUAAGUUUCGACAACGAUUUGAAUCAAUCAAAUGGGUCUCCAAAUGAUCAAAAUCAGUUCGGAAUGAGCUUCGACGACAUGCAGCAUCACAAUAACGUUGAAGAAGAUAUUGAUCACGAACAACUGGAUGAGAGUUUUGUAAAUCAUUUAGAUCAUCCAGAAAAUGAUGGCAGAAAUUCUAAUAAUAGAGGACCCAAUCCAGAUUAUAAUUCUAUGAUGAAUGAUAAAGAAUCAUCCGGUUCAACAGAGUUUGGCGAGACAGCUAUAUCAAGUAGCCCAGGAGCAGGUGAUAAUAUUUCUUCAAAAGGAUUGGAACCUUUAAAACAAUGCAAUAAUUUUAAAGAAAAUGGUGAUGAAGCACAACUCGAUGAAUAUUUUGAAAUGAAUAAUUCAUCAGUACAAUUUGAUGGCCGUACAAGCAAAACACUUAAUAAUUUUAAAUCUAGUGAUAAUGUGAACAAGAAUGUACCUGGUGAAAAAAUGAAGGGCAGUAAUAGCAGCCGAAGUAAACAAUGUGAGGUAUCAAGUGUUAAUGUCACUUUUGAUGAAUCUCACUAUACGUUAAGAGAGUACAGUGAUUUUCAAGAUAAAGUUAACGAUAUAAAAAUGGAUGAUGAUUUUAAGGAAGGAUUGUUCUCAUUAAAAGAAGUUAGUAAUGUAAAUCUCUCUCUUGGUAAAAUUGAGGGUGACAUUAAUCGAAACCAAGGAUUUAAUAGAAAUAAUGAUGUUCUUAGUGCCGCCAAUUGUGAACACAAUUAUGAAGCAUUAUCCAAUAAUGAACAUUCAGACAGAAAAUCUGAUGCACUGAAGAAUUACAACGAUUCGAAGGGAAAACUUAAUGCAGAAGCACUUCAUUCUGAUUUUGAAAAUGAGGUUAAUGGGCGAAUGGGGCAUAACUUUCCCCCAAAUGAUGCAAAUUUCUUAAAAGGCGAUGUCGGAGUUAACAUAAGAUUUGAUAAAUUUUCAGAUGCAGAGGAAAAAAAUAAGAAAUUUUAUCCAUUAAGAGCGGUAGAUAACGUGCAUAAAAUUUUCGAUCAGCGCAGUGAUGGUGAGGGGAUCACGAAUGAUCAAUAUGGACCAUUCAAAGAUGCAGAUGAUAUGAGCCACGUGGAGGGAUUCAGUGACGAUGAACAUAACACAACCAAACUAUUUGGUCCAUUGAAUGAUAACAACGACAUGAAGAACCAAUUCCGUCCAUUGAAAGAUGGUAGGAGGAAAGCAAUUCAUAAUGAAAAGUAUGACCUACAUGAAGAAAACGAACAAAUAUGUGCUGAAAUGUAUGAUCAAGAAUAUAACACGAAUGGAUGUGACAAAUCCAAAGAUGAAGACGAUUCGAAUGAACAUUACAAUAAUUUCAAGAAUGACGAAGAUUCCCAAGUAAGUCUUUGUAAUCCAUUUAAAAAGAGUAAAAGUGUGAAAAAUGUGGAGCACGGGGCACAAGUUAGUGCCAUUAAUUUGGAAAGCUUAUUUGAAGUGAACAAAGAUACUUUAAAUGAACACGGAUUAGAUGGUUCAUUGGAACAAUACAAUCCCUUAAAAGGACAAGUGAAUGGAGAAGAACUCCAUGACUCUUUGGAAAAUGGAGUUAACAGAUUAAGAGAACACGAUCUUCCUAAAAAUGGGGUACAUCCUUCAGAGUGUGGUCCACAGAAUGGCAACGAAAAAAGUGAAAACAUUAAUGGGAGAAAUAAUACAAACAGAGGAUUUGAGAGAUCAAAAAAUGAAGAUGAUGAAUAUGAGACAGCUGAAGGCAGAUAUAAAAGGUAUGAUGAAAAUAACAUACGGGAUUAUGAUACACAAGGUGGUUACAGAUCUGAUCAUAAUUGUGUAAAUGUAUUAAAACAGGACGAAAUUGCUAGCGAAUCCCAAGAACUAGGAAAAUAUGGCUAUUGUACUGAAGUAGUGACAACAGUGAUAGAAGAUAUAGGAAAUGAUAAGGAACAAUUCGAUGAGGCUUUAAGAGAUGUAAAUGCCCGGAAACCGUCAGAUAUUACCCCAGAAGAUAAUACGAAUGUUAGUGAACACUUUGACGGUACGUUAAAGGACAAUGCUGGUGUUCAGGAACAACUUAAUGAGGCAAAAAAUUACCAAGAUAACAAACAAUCUGGUAAAUCAAAAGAUGAAGAGCAAGUUAACAUCACUUAUGAGAAGUUGGAUGGUGGGAGAAUAAACUCUAAAUCUCAGAAAUCGGAGUAUGAUGAUAAAGGAAGCUAUGUAACUUAUAAAUCGACAGCAAUUAAUGACACGUACAACAGUGCAAUUCAUAUAUCAAAAGAGGCUAAUGACCAACGAUGCGAUAUGACAAAAAAAUUAAAAAGUAUUGAUGACAUAAAUAGUGAUAUCCAUGAUCACUCAAAAUAUGGCGACAAAAUCGGUGACAGAAAGGGCGGCAGGAAUGGUGACAAAAAUGAUCACAAAACUGAUGGCCAAAACAGCUUUAUAACUCGUAACUCCCAAAAUGAUGAAAAUACUUGUACUAUAUCCGAUGAAUCCAUGGCUGAUAGAAAUAAGAACAAUUCCCAUAUCUUUAAAAAGGAUAACGCUAAUUAUAAAAGGAAGGCUACCGAAUUAAUUAACACAAAUAAUUACCAGAAUGAGCUUUUGAAUGCUAAGGAACUUACUGACCACUUUAAAAUAAUGUUUAAUAUUUUAGAAAAUGCUGUUGCUACAGAGAGAAGAUUCGAGGCAUUAAAGUAUUAUGAGAGGUUUAAAAAGGAGAUUCUUAAUAUACAACUUGAAGGAGAUCUGAUGGAUGGAGUCAAUGAAGUAGAACUUCGUAUCCAUACUAAAAAAUCGCUAUGUGCAGCGAAAAAGGAAUAUGACGACUCAUGUGAUUCGUCAGAGGAUGAAAAUUAUUCUGAUCGUCAAUCCUAUAUAUUAGGACAUAAUAAUAGGGAUAAGAAAGAAUUAAAUAAGAAAAAAGAAGGUAUGUAUUAUGUAGACACCCGUCCCAUUCGUGAUAAUUAUGAUUCCAAGAGCCAAUAUAACGUAUUAAAGGGGAAGAACAGCUCUAGAAACAGUUUUGAUAAAUUAAACAUUGGUACUGAUUAUUAUAAUUCUAGAGGUUCAUUUGACGUUUCUAAAGAUAAUAAUCUCGUCAAGGAAGCAUCUGAUAAAUCGAAGGACGGUACUGUUUAUUGUGGUUCGAAGAAGUCACUUGGUGUAAGAGAAGGUAGUUACAUAGAAAAGAAAAUUUUGGUUAAAAAUAAGAACCACAAUUAUUAUUAUUAUGCUUCUAACCAGUCAUCUGUUUCUUCAAAAGUAAGUAGUGAUAUGGCUAAGAAAAGUUAUAACAAAUCCCGCGAUACUACUGAUAAGUGUGAGACUAGGAGUUUGUAUAGUAUAUUAAGUAGAAGUAAAUCUAGAAAAAGCCUUGAUAAAUCAGGUGGUGCUUCUGACUAUUGUGGUUCAAAGGGUGCAUGCAAUGGAUCCAAAGACAAUAAGGUGAUUAAGAACAUUUCUCAUCAACCAAACAAGCUGUGCAAUUCAGCAAAAGCAUCAACUCUGUUAAUGGAUGCUGAUUCGAGUUCAAUGAAAGGCGUUAAUAAAAUAAACAACAAAGAAAAGGGAAAAGGAAAUGAUAAAGUUAAUUCAUGUUCUGUUAAAUCCUCCUAUUCAUUAAAAGAGAAAACCAAAGAUAAGAAGAAUUCAUCUAAUCCAUUAAAACAUGAUCAGAGCAAUUUAGAUGAUCUAUAUGACGAAUUAGACGAUGCUUACUACAUGAAUAAACGGCUUGAGGCAUUACAAUAUAUUAAAGAACACUUCUACAAGCAACAUGAUGAUUUAAAAUAUGAUGAAAAAGAAUUUGAUACAAUUUAUAAGGCAGUACAAAGAUAUGAAGAAAUUGAUAAGAAGAACCCCAAUAGAUCAGGAGACAACGAUAACAACUCUGUGAAAUCACAUGAAGAAUCAGAAAAGGGUAAUGAUUCUUUGAAGACUACUGACACCUUUAAACGUAGAAGUAUUGGUUGUGAAAAAUGGGACUUAUUAAAGCGCAAUGAUAUACCUAUGGAGAUGGAGGAAUCAUUCAGACAUAGUGAACAAAAUUUUUUACACCCUGAUGAAUUCCGACACGAUAGAAAUUAUAAAGAUUCAAAUGGUAAAGCGACAAAUAAUAGAAGGAACGAUAAUGGAAAAAAUCAUAACAGAAGGUAUGAUAUAGAUUAUGACUAUGAAAAGUGCUUAGGAAAUUCAAAAAGCAAUAAAAAGAGCUUUAUAAAGAGGGUAUUUUCAUAUAUAAAGGGAGAUGAGAAUGAACCUUCCACGUCAAGAAUGUUUAAUAAGAAAAGUUUGUUCUCAAAGACCUUAAAGCUUAUCAAGAAAAUAGAUUUCAAGUUUGAAUUAGAAAUGAUGACUUCAAUUAAAAGUUCAAUAAAGACGGAUAAAUUCUGGAUUCAGCGACCAACGUGUUUCAAUAAAUUAUUUUAUUACACCAAGAAAUAUAAAAUAUUUUUUCCAAUUCUAUUAAUGUUAUUAGCUUCAAUUAUACUUCACAUAGUUAGUUUAACAAAUGUGGCCCUUGGUAUCAAUCUUGUGCUUCUUGGCAUGAUGUUUUAUUAUCAUAUGAAAUUAUUAAAGUGUCGUAAAAUGGGAAAAGUCUUUAGAACUUUUAGCGAGAAGAAUAAAUUCGAAAUAAAUUAG